AUGAUUUCAGACCCUUUUGUGACCACGGGCUCUCUGCCAGGGCAAGACCCCCUGACCGGACGGCCCGGCUCGGCUCUGGUCGUAAAGGAGCUGAAAUGCAUUGGGACCAUAAUCGUGCCCUUGCUGGAGAUAAAGCUGGGCAUGCCUGACGCAGCCGUGGACACCAGCACCGAGGUCACCACCAAGGACUUAAGAAAGAAAGAAGUGGUAAAGAAGGCAGAGGAUGGGAAGGACGAGGUAAACCUGGACAAGAGGCCCCAACCUGUAAAAAGUAAGCUUGACGAACAGGAGGAGCGGAGGAAAAGGCGCUUGGAACAGAACAAGGCGGUGUGGGCCCGGAGGAAGGAAUGCACGGAGACCCUGCAGCGGGAGUUUGAGCGGCUGGAGUUCAGAAACGCGGUACUAAAGAUACAGGUCAGGGAGCUGGAGCAGGAGCGGCAGCAGCUGAUUCUCGUACUGAACCGGCGCCGCCCCACCUGCAUUGUCCGCACCGACAGCGUCCCUGCCCCCUGGAUCUAA